CGAGGCUAGAUCGAGCCAAAUUUCACGUUUUGUCCAGGGACAAUUCAUUCACUCCUACAUCUAUGAAGUAGUGAAUUUUUGGUAACACUGGUGAGUCACGGUGUGAUUGUUUAUUGAGAACGUUCCGGCUUUUGGGAAAAAGAGAUCUUUCCACCAUGUCAAACAGGAAAAGAAAGCAGAGGCCACCUGAGAGGUUCAGUGAAGACAAGCGAGCAAAAUUGACCUGGAAUAUGCUUGAUUUCCAUUUGCCGGCUUCAGAUUCAGCUGACCACACCACGAUUAAUUUCACUGAUUCUUCCUCUUUGAUCAAUGAUGGAGCCAACACUCCAACAGCUACCAGUCCUCGAAAGAAGAAUAAACGAAGGGUAUUGGAUCGUAAUAGAAGCAUCGAGCUUAAUCUGGAUAACUGUUACCCUCAAAGCUGUAUAUGUCAGUUGGGUUUGUUUAACAUCAAUUUGUGCACGAGUGAAACUCAAAGGGAUGAGUUGAAAUCACAGAAUGGAACUUAUAUCUCUGAUGACUUGUGGACGGCGGAUUGUUAUCACUUCGUCGUAGUAAGAUUGUCCUUUGAGCAAAAGCAUCCAUUAACAGUCGAGCCGACCUCGUCUGGUUUAAACAAUGACUACUUGAGACAAGCCUCUUUUAAAGCAACAGUUCCGUCCGUUUCCACAGAUCAACUUGAAGCUUUAGUUUACCUGCAGAACAAAGGGGUGAUCUCCCUGGUGCUGAAACCAGAGCAGCACGUUUUGAAAGAAAGCUGGGAAGUUGUAGUGUGCUUGAAUGAGAAUGGCCUAACCAAGCUGUCUUCUGCAUGUGCCAAUGUCACAAAUAGGAAAAUUGACCGGUUGAUGAAAGUGUUGAUAGAAUGGUUUUAUAAAAUAUCUGUGAGAGAUAAUGAGUUUGUUUUGCAAGACUGCAAUAAUGCAGGUGUAGACAAAGGUUUUGAUGAACUGUACAAUGCUAUAAAGGCAGUUCAAAAAGGCAAUUGCUCAUCCACAUCACCACUAAGGUCCUCCCACUCUAACACUCCCCUCAGCCUUGUACGUGAAAAACCAGACAGAAAUAGCAGUUGUACCUGUAAUGCAGAGAUUGACAGAUUCAAUGGAGAAAUUAAUUUUGAUGUACAGCAUCCUCAUCUCAGUCCUGUGUUAAGAGGUUAUCAAAGAAGAGCUGUUGAAUGGAUGCUGCAGAGAGAACUUGCCUGUCAAGUGGCAUGUGGAUGUCAAGGGAAACAACUAGAUGCUGAUAGUCUUCACCCAUUAUGGCAGAAAAUUCACACUUUGGAUGGAAAGUUAAUUUACUACAGUCCUUAUACUGGAAGACUUACAAGAGAGAGAUUUUGUCAGCCAUCCCUGCCUCUUGGAGGAAUUUUAGCAGAUGAAAUGGGUCUGGGAAAGACAGUUGAGGUCAUUGCUUGUAUUUUGUGUCAUCCAAAGCCUUUAUUAGAGCACAAAUUGAUGGAUCACAAAACAGCUUCUGAACCAGACAAUGAAACAUGUACAUGCAACAGCAUGUUACAAGAAAGUUCUAAAUCAAAACUUAGGGAGAGUGAAAUAAAUUGCCAAAAAGGAAAUACUACUAGUGAUACAGUUGAAGCAGGGUUAGGUCAAAAGACACCAUCAUCUAAUGAUGAUUCGUGUGAGCUUGCACAUGGUACAGAUGGACAAAAAAUGACCAAAACUAGUUCAGUUAUUUCUACACCAGAUGAAGAAAGUGCUGCCCAAUACAUGAAAUGCCAGUGUAUCUGUGGUGUCAAUUUGGCCAGUUGUGAUGAAAAAUUGCUGCAGUGUUGCGAAUGCCAGGCAGUGUUCCAUGCUACAUGCCUUGGUUACGAUUAUCCCAGUGGGUUUUUAUGUCCACAUUGUGCAGUAAGUGGGCCAGCCAUUCCAUCCAGAGCAACACUGAUCAUUUCUCCUGCUCCAAUUGCACAACAGUGGGUUGAGGAGGUCUCCAGACAUACAAAACCAUCUACAGUUAAGUUGCUGGUUUAUGAAGGUGUGGCCAAGAUGGGUUUUAUUGCCCCUCAGGUCCUUGCAGACCAUGAUGUAAUCUUAACCACAUAUUCAACCCUAAGAUCAGAUUUCCAUCACUUAGGAUCCAAGCAAGGAAAUGGUGGACGGUCUCUGCGGUACGAAAAGCGAUAUGCCGCAUUACCAAGCCCUCUAACAGCUGUCAUGUUUUGGCGGAUCUGUCUUGAUGAAGCUCAAAUGGUGGAAAGCACAACAGCUAAGGCAGCUGAAGUGGCUUUAUGUUUGCACAGUGUACACAAAUGGUGUGUCACAGGAACACCAAUACAGAAGGGACUUGAAGAUAUUUAUGGGCUACUUUUGUUUCUUGGGGUGGAUCCUUACUGUCGUCAAAAAUGGUGGAAGAGCUUGCUGUAUGAACCAUACAGGAAUGGAGAUAAACAACCUUUGUAUGAACUCUUGGCCAAGAUCUUGUGGCGAAGUGUAAAGAAAGAUGUUUUCUGUGAGAUUCAACUCCCAGAGCAGGAUGAGAGAGUAAAAUGGCUAACAUUUUCCCCUGUGGAGCAACAUUUCUAUCAUCGUCAGCAUGAAGAAUGUGCAAACACUGCUAUGAAGGUAUUUAUUUUACAAAUUUUGUGUCUACUUCUCUUUCCCUUAGUAACAAUCACUCUUACCAUGGAUAAACUGCUGGAGAGUUUGAUAUCCAAAGCAAAGUUGGAAUGUGAAGAAGCACAUCGACAGCUCUUGUUUACUUUUAAUGGUCUAGCUGGCAUUCACAUUUUAAAAGAAGAGUGGCCAGAAGCUGUUGAAAUGUACAGGGAAGCAACAAGAUCAUGGACAGAACACGGGGAAACCUUUAGAACCGAUGCACUACAGAAAUUGCAUACCUUAUUCAACUUGUCGAACGUUCUCAGUCAGCAGUACCCAGGCUGUUCUCACACCUUGCGAGACGACAAAUUGCGAGAUGAAGUUGACAUCCAGUCUCCUUGGUGGGUUGAAGCUCUUCAUUCUGUGGCAGACAGAGGACUGGAUACUGACCUCGGUCAAAGAGUCAAAGAUGAAUUGUCAUCCACUGACAUGGAUCUGGGAUCUAUUGGAAGAUUUACGAACCUUCGUGGACUGCAGUAUUUAGUCUCUUCAAAGUUAGAUUUGAUUGAGUCCACUCAUAGGAACUUAUUGGUAGCUCUGGACAAGCUUGCUGUGCCGCCAACUCCUCAGAUGGUAUUGGCUAGUGCUGAAUGUUGUUUAAGGCCGGCUGAGAAUAGCACUGCUGACAGGUGUGCCUUUUGUCAGGUGGAUGACAUUUUUACAGAAUACGAAUCACGAAUAUUUGGCCAUCAAGGAAUGAAGGGCGUCGAUGAGCAUAAUUUUCAGACUGACGACACACUUGAUUGGCAUCGCCAUGGCAACACAGGAGGAUUACGUGCAGAGUCUGAGGUCGAGAAGGUCCUGAAAGUAAUACAUAACUUCAUCAAGACUCAUAAAACUGGGUCAACUGCACAUCUUCAUCAAGAGGGUCGCUUACACUUGAGCUUAAUUGAUGGUCUAAGAAAAGAAUUUAAGUUUCUCAGAGCUCUGUGGUUUGCUCUGCGAGAGCGUAUCUCUUGUCUUGACGAACUUGACAUGUGUACAACUCGCCUCAGGCUUUUGUUGCCAGGAGAACCUGCCACAGAUAACAACCACGUGAUUCAUCCUUUACAAAUAGAACAACAGCGCCUAAAGUUCAUGUCGGAGAGAGUUGUUGCACAAACUGAAUUGAGAAAGAAACUCGGCCAACUACUUUAUCUCAAAAACUUGGCGAAGACCCAAACCUGUCAUGACGGCAAGAACCCGGAACCAUGUCCAGUUUGCACCAAACUGCUUGGAGUCCAGUGGAGCGUUUUCUCUUGUGGACAUUGCAUUUGCUGUCAAUGUUCCUGGGUGCUCCUGCGGCAGGCUGGAAUUGGUCCCCGGCAAAGGAACGUACACGUGAAGUGCCCGAUGUGCCGGAUACCUACUCUUGCACAAGAAAUUUCCUACGUCAGCACCGCAAGGAGCCAGGACAAGGAUACAGAGGAGCAUGUCACUGUCAAGUGGCAAGAGGUACUUGGUGUUUUAGCACAAGCUUUGAACGAGAAUGGAAUCAAAUAUAAACACAUUACUGGCAGCCGACUUUUCCAGUCAAAUCUGCAGACGUUUAAACAAGAUUCCUCGGUAGGCGUCCUCCUCCUGCCCUUACAGACUGGGUCCAACGGUCUGAAUAUCAUCGAGGCGACGCACGUGUUGUUAGUGGAGCCUGCAAUGAACCCCGCCCAUGAACUACAGGCUGUGGGGCGUGUGCACCGGAUUGGACAAACUAAACCCACACACGUGUACCGCUUUAUCACACGAGGAACUGUGGAGUCCCGGAUGUACUCCUUGCUGCAGUCCAAGCCAACUAGCUGUGUCAGAACUGGAGCACGUGAUAGUGAGAAUGCCAGUCUGACACUUCGUGACCUCGCCUCAUUGUUCACUCAAGAUGAAGAACGCGACGAUGAGCAAAGCGUGACGGGAUCGUUCGGGUUUUAUGAACCAAUAGGCGCACUCUCUCCAGAUUAACAGCGAACUUUAACACUUGCUAUUGUCCCGGAAGUUAACAUACAAGUCCUUCAUUUUUCAUACUCAAGUAAUUUUGUUUCCAUGAAUAGAACUACACAGUUCGAUAAUGUUACGUAGAUCUGGCUGCGCUGAGUCGACAACAUUUUUUAAUAGAAGAAUAUUAAAUGAUUCCUAUUUUAGCGAAAUUGUGAAAAUGAAGAAAUAUGUUGUAAGUCGGUAGAUAAGCAAAAAUGAAGGCAAGUAAAUCAACAAUUUCUUCUCUAUCCUCCGGAUAGUGUAGGCGGCGUAGGUUAGCGGAUUUUAAUUCCCCAGAGGUGGAGAGGAGCUUGACCAGUUCGUCGUCCAGGAAUUCCAUGGAGACGAACACAGACACAUGAAUUGAGCGUUUGCCCAGCAAACGGAGACGUUUUCGCACGUCGCCGUAGUCAAACCCGGCGUUUGCGAGUCGGCAGCUUUUCAGCUGAUUCUAGGGUGAUGUCGAAGCGUUUGCCUCCGAAUUGUGGCACAAUGCCGCGUAUGUGUUUUGCGAAGUCUGGCAGGGACUUGGCAAUAUUCAAUGAGUCCAGUUCCAUGGAAUCUUCCAUUAUAAGGCGAACACUACGCCGGUGAUCAUGAGCGAACAAAGGCCGUGGUCGGCUGAGCGCGCAUUCCGCGGUGUCUGGAGUGUAGCCACAAAAACCAUAGAAAUCAAAUCUGCCGUACUCACCACCUCUAUGAUCUUCGAAGGCUUGAAACGCGUGUAAAAACUUGUAGAAAAAAGGCCUGCGAAUAAAACUUGACUAACGAACAAAAAUAAGGACUAUUCUUGCUUGCGGCUAAGACACUUGAUCUUAGCCAAAAGGCCGAGAAGCGAUCUAUUUAACAGACAGUACUGUUUCGGUUAAAAUUUUUUCUUUUUUUAAUCAACUUUAUUUAUACAAUGAUUAGUGUUAUAUACAGAACAAAACUCAAUUAAA